GACGUGUGUGCAAAUAAUCAAACAAACCAAACUAAAAAUCACCGCGUCGGUCGUGCAAUACCCUGUCUGCAGCUACAUAUAUACAAGAGGAGAGUACAGCACCUGGAAUUUCCUAUCUUCCCAAGAGGUUCGUCGGUCGUCGAGGAUGUCCGCAACGCGUGAACUGCGACAACGCGACAAAUUUCGUCGGAGCAAGUCGCCACUUCAGCGAACUGCGGAGGAAGAUAGAGGCGGAAGCGGACGCGAUACGCGAAUUUGCGUCAAGAAGCGGGUGCGAGUUUGCCUUCAUACCGCCUCGUGAACCGCACAUGGGCGGACUUUGGGAGGCCGGUGUGAAGUCUGCCAAGGGCCUACUCCUACGGGCAGUCGGAAGCGCUCUCCUCACCGCAGAGGAGCUGGAGACCGUGCUGGUCGGAAUCGAGGCGGUACUCAACUCGCGCCCGCUAGGACCCCUAAGCCCAGACCCAAGCGACGGAGACGCGCUGACUCCCGGGCACCUGCUGACAGGCGGGCCGCUCAUCGCACCCCCAGCACCCAGGACCCCGGACCAGGAGGGUCUGAGCUGCUUAAAGCGAUGGCGGCUUGUCUCGUCAGCCAGGCAAAUGUUCUGGCAGCGAUGGUCCCGGGAGUAUGUGCUGGGAUUACAAAUAAGAUUCAAGUGGCACCAGGAGGAGCCAAACAUAAAGGAAGGCGACCUCGUAAUCGUCGCCGAAGACAACCUGCCCCCUCAACAGUGGCUCCUCGGAAGGGUGGUCGGAACAACCGCCGGGCAGGACGGAAGGGUCAGAGUGGUCGAGCUAAGGACGAGCAGCGGAGCCACGUUCAGGAGGCCGAUACACAAAUUGGCGCUUCUGCCAAUGGUUUGAAGCCUUCCAGGCCUUCAACGGGGCCGGUGUAGCGCCAUUUGAAUAAUAAUAAUUGUUAUUAGGAUAGUAUUUCAUGAAGUCCAG